AUGUCAGAUCUCAGCGACGAGUACCUCAUCGACGAUGAUGUCGAGGACACCAUGGACGAGGACUCCACCUACGGCUACGACGACGCGGCCGACUCGCAAGAUGAGGAGGACGAAGAGCUCGGCUUUGGCGUAGCAGAUGACGCGUUUGCGGCCCCUGACCCAGCAUCAGAACGUAUGAAGAGCUUCCAAAUCGAGUACAAGUCACAUUCCGUUGCUUCGAUCGAGGAAGCGCAACAGAAAGAGGUGGACCAGAUCGCAAGCAUGUUCGUCAUUAAGGAGACCGAUGCCGCCAUUCUCCUUCGCCAUUUUGGCUGGAACAAGGAACGCCUCAUCGAGCGCUACAUGGAGUCCGGCGAAAAGGUCAACCUUGAAGCAGGCGUAGUCGAAGACUCCUCCCAUCCCAAAUUGCGAAAGCUAGGCGACUUCACUUGCGAGGUCUGCUAUACCAGCUCGGACGACGUACCUGGCGGGAAGAUGGAGACGCUGGCGCUUGGCUGUGGCCACCGCUACUGUCGCGAUUGCUACCAGCAAUACCUCGAGCAGAAGAUCACAUCGGAAGGCGAAUCGAGGCGGGUCCAAUGCAUGCGCGAAAAGUGCAACCUCGUCGUGGACGAGCGCACCGUCGGUCUAGUCGUCGCGCCCAACGUCUUCGAGCGCUACAAGAUCCUGCUCAAUCGCACCUACGUCGACGACAGCAACAUCCUGCGGUGGUGCCCUGCGCCCAACUGCGAGCUCGCCGUCGAGUGCCACGUCUCGAACAAGAUGCUCAACAAGAUCGUGCCAUCGGUGGCGUGCGACUGCGGCCACCUCUUCUGCUUUGGCUGCGGCAAUGCAGCCCACGCUCCUGCCAUCUGCCCCAUCGCCAAGCUGUGGGUCAAGAAGUGCGCCGACGACAGCGAGACGGCCAAUUGGAUCUCGGCCAACACCAAAGAGUGCCCCAAGUGCACCUCGACCAUCGAGAAGAACGGAGGCUGCAACCACAUGACAUGUCGCAAGUGCAAGUACGAGUGGUGCUGGAUCUGCGCGGGUCCCUGGACGGAGCAUGGCAACUCGUGGUACAAUUGCAAUCGAUUCGACGAGAAGAGCGGGUCGGAGGCGCGCGAUUCGCAGGCCAAGUCGCGGGCAUCGCUUGAACGCUACUUGCACUACUUCAAUCGUUUCGCCAACCACGAGCAGUCUGCCAAGCUGGACCGCGACCUGUAUGGACGCACCGAGAAGAAGAUGGAGGAGAUGCAGCUGUCGACCGAGCUGACGUGGAUUGAGGUGCAGUUCCUCAAGAAGGCGGUGGACACCUUGACCGAGUGCAGGAUGACGCUCAAGUGGACCUACUGCAUGGCGUACUAUCUGGCACGCGACAACAUGACCGAGCUCUUCGAGGACAACCAGCGCGACCUCGAAAAGGCGGUCGAAGACCUCUCGGAGCAGCUCGAGAAGCCGAUCGAGCCAAAGACGAUCCCGGAGCUCAGGCAGAAGGUGACCGAUCUCACGGUGUACGUGCAGAAGCGAAGGGGGAUUCUGCUCUCUGAUACCGCAGAAGGGUUUCAGGAGGACAGGUGGCAGUGGAAUGUCGAGUUUUGA